AUGUCAUUUUCGUUGUUCGCCACCCCACAACAGCAACAGCAACCGCAACAGUCUCCUUUUCAGCCACAGCAAACCAGUUUGUUCCUUCCGCAGCAGCUGCAGCAGCAGCAGCAGCAGCAACAACAGUUUCUACCACAACAGCAGCAGCAGCAGCCGCAACAGCAGUUGUUUUUGUUCACUAACGAUAGAACACCCGCUAGUUAUAGUACCAAUUGGGCGGAUCUACAUCCUGACUCCCAGAAGAUUCUCCUUCAGAUCGAGGAGCGGAUAUUGGAGUAUAGGGAUGAAAGCCAGAGACUAGAUCAGUGUAGUCGUCUCUAUGAUUCUUCAGUUUCCAACGAUGGAUUUGAGCUUGACGCGGGCCAUAUUGUACAGGAACUUGGUGGAAUUAGCACUGGAAUGGAACGACAGAAAACUUUGCUACAGGAACUGAUGUCCACUGUUAAGGACAUGUUACGCAACACAGAGGUUGCUGUUCGUUCCUUUAUGAUACUACGCCCUAGGUUCCUUCAUCCCAGUGGGGGUUCAUCAAGUGCCACUGCCCCAUCACAGACUCCUGGAGCGACUGUAGCACCUGGUUCUGGUGGCCAACUGACAACUGCAUCUAUAGUGCCUGUUUUUGAUUUUUACAGUGGUCUUCCAAAGAAACCAUCUCCGUUUUUACAGCAAACAAUUUUAAGAUUUGAGAAGUAUCUUUGUGAGUGCCAUCAGUGGAUUGAAGAGUUGGAGCAGCUGCUUCUUUUGGACUCUGAGAGAAAUGCUUCCAGUAAUGGAUCCUCAUUAUUGCAAUCUCUUCCCAAGGUCAUGACAAAUGUGCAUGACUUUUUUGUUCAUGUGGCUGCGAAGGUGGAGAGCAUUCAUCAGUACAUUGAAUCUAUGAAAUCAUCAUACCUAGCUGAUCAGCGUCGUCGGGGGGAGGCAAAUGACCCAUUUUUGGAGGCAGAUCGGCGUGAAACUGCAAGACAAGAGGCUGCCUCAAAAAGAGUUCAUCCGAUGUUGCAUUUACCUGCAAAUCCACAACCCUCAACCCAAGUUGCUGGGUUGUUUUCGAGUUCAGGGACUCCAGCAGCAUUGCCUGCCCCACAGACAUCUGCAUCUUUGUCAUCAGGAAGUGGAUUCUCUCUUUUUAGUACACCAUCAUCUGCUCCUUCGUCUUCUAUGUUGUCAUCUCUGUUUACAACACCAACUCCUGCUGCAAUACCUCAAACCUCACUUUUUGGUUCUGCAACAUCUGUACCUGGCCCUGCAUCAACUCCCUCUCUGUUUGGUAACACUUCGCCGUUGUUCAGUUCAACUCCAGCUACAAAUUCACUCUUUUCUACUCCAUUUGGUUCAGGCGCUGCAACAGGAUCGGGGGCUAGCUUUGGACCUGGAUCGAAAAAUCCACGGGCGAAAUCCAGAACUGCUCGACGCUAA